UUUAGGAGAGAGCCAGACCAGCUUCCUGAUCUAGUUUACCUGCACUCUCCACCCCCGGGUACUUAUAGCAAACAUCACGUGAUGGUAGCGGUGGUUGGUUGCUGGGCAGCAGCGGCUCAUAGAUACCGCAGCCCAUAAUGCAGCGUGUUGGUACCGGGAGGAAGAUGGGAGUCAACAACAAGCAGGUCACCUCAGAUGCUGAACUCCGUAAUACUGUUGUAUUCAAUGCUUCAAAGAGGGAGAUUUUUUCAACCAGCAAUGGCUACAAGUCUUUGCAGAAAAGAUUACGAAGCAGCUGGAAGUUGCAGAGUCAGAAAGAUGAAAUUACUGCAGAGAGGUUAAUGGGAGUUAAGUUAUGGAUCACAGCAGGACCACGUGAGAAGUUUACUGCAGCAGAGUUUGAGGUGCUGAAAAGGUUUCUAGACGGAGGAGGGGACAUCCUGGUGAUGCUUGGAGAGGGAGGUGAGGCCAAAUAUGACACCAACAUCAACUUUUUGCUGGAAGAGUAUGGGAUCAUGGUGAACAACGAUUUUGUUGUGAGAAACGUCUACUACAAAUACUUCCAUCCUAAAGAGGCACUUAUUUCCAAUGGGGUGUUAAAUCGGGAAAUUAGCAGAGCAGCGGGGAAGGAUAUAUCCAAUCUUAUAGAUGAUGAAAGUGGCGGCAACAACUCACAAGCCCUGACAUUUGUUUACCCUUUUGGUGCCACGCUGAAUGUGAUGAAACCAGCCAUGGCAGUUCUCUCCACUGGGUCAGUCUGUUUUCCCCUCAACAGACCCAUCAUGGCUUUCUACCACUCUAAGGUGCAUGGAGGCAAGCUUGCUGUGCUGGGUUCCUGUCACAUGUUUAGCGACCAGUAUCUAGAGAAGGAGGAGAAUGCAAAGAUCCUGGAUGUGUUGAUGCAGUGGCUUACAACUGAUGACAUCACUCUCAACCAGAUUGAUGCAGAGGAUCCUGAGAUUUCAGAUUACACCAUGCUGCCAGACACUAACAAACUUUCCCAGCACCUACGUGUAUGUCUGCAGGAGGGGGAUGAGAACCCACGAGACUUUACCACGUUAUUUGACAUGGGCAUCUAUCAGCUUGACACCUCCUCUCUUCCUAGAGUCAUUAAAUCAUAUGAGCAGCUUAAUGUGAAGCAUGAGACUCUGCAGCUUAUCCAGCCACAGUUCGAGACCCCGCUCCCUGUAUUGCAGCCUACAGCAUUUCCUCCCUCUUUCCCGGAACUGCCACCUCCAUCCCUUGAUCUGUUUGAUGUUGAUGAAAACUGCUCUUCUGAGAGAACUCGGCUGGCACAGAUUACAAAUCGAUGUACAGAGGAUGACCUAGAAUUUUAUGUGCGCAAAUGUGGUGAUAUCCUCGGUGUGACUAGUGGCCUCCCAAAGGAUGAGCAAGAUGCAAAGCACAUAUUAGAGCACAUAUUUUUCCAAGUUGUGGAGUUCAAAAAACUUAACCAAGAACUUGACGUGGACACCAGUGAAAAUGUGUUUCAAAUCAGCUAAGAUUCACUCAAACUAUUUGAUCAAAUGGAUCAAGCCUAAAAGAUAUAUGUAUUGCUAUUUUUAUAAGAACACCUUUUUAUUUUUGUGUUAAUUCUCAUUCCUUAAAUCGUAAGGGAACAUGUAAAUAUGUUUUUGUAAGGAGAGGAGCAGAUAGAAAACUAAAAAUAAAUUUAUAUUUCAGUUUU